GAUGAUGAGGGUAGUAAUGAGCUUCACGUCAUUUGUUCUCCACAGGACUAAAGGAUGUCGGACGGUCAGGAAGGCCGAGACUCAGAGAAUAACUGGGUGAUCCCCAGUGCAGAGAGUUUCCCGGUGGAGACGGUGGGCGCGGCGCAGGGUGGAGCGGAAGAGGUCGGAGCGGCAGGCUUAGGACCGGCGCCCCCCCCUGACGGUGAGGAGACGGCGCCAGAUGUGAAGCCGGGCACGGAAUUUGCUGAGGGCCCCACACUCCAUGAGAAGCCUGAGGAGCCCGAGAAGCUGGAUGAGGAGCAGGGGCCACCCUCAAACACUGAGGGCCCGAGAGGUCCAGGCAUAGUAGCGCGUUGUUUUCAGAGACUAGUGCAGCUGAUCCCAGAGCCCCUGUCAGUGGGCGUCCUGAGGAGCGGGGGUCCGCGUGCUGGAGCAGGGGGCGACUUGGAGGAAGUCAGCUGCUCCAGCAGUGACGAUGACGUGGAGGGCCUCAGGAAGCGCGUGGGCCGAGGGACCCCUCCUGCCAGCGUCGGCCCCAGUGUCAGAGAAGCCGUAGAGCAGGACCUGGAUGGUGGGUCCUCACUGAACCUCAAUGUCCUGGUGAUUGCAGCCGUCGGCCUUCUGUGUCUCGGUGUCCUGCUCUUCUCAGGCAGCAGCUUCAGCUCUGAUGACGAUCCUCCUCAGAAUGUCGUGUCUCGCAGUGUGACAGGAGGAGAAGAGCGGCCGCCACAGGUCAUUGCCGACAUUCAGGACUGGAUUGAGCAGCACGCAGACCAGUUCACCGGGGACCCCAGCAGCCUGCAGCUCAUGAGCGGCCUCCUGGACAGGGUCGCCAAGGAAAACCAGGAGAUUCGGCACAUGCAGGCCACGCUCCAGGCACAGAAGGAAGAGUUAGAAGCUCUGCUGUCUGUCAGUGACGGGAGGAACAUUACUCCAGGACUGGCAGACGAGAACAUCAGACUGAAGGAUGCCCUGCUGAAAGAAGAGACCGCACACCUCUCUGCCAAGGAGGAGCUGCUGAAUGUGCAGGAGAAGCUGGAGGUUCUGGAGAGUGGUGGGGUGGAGAAGGAAGCUCUGGUGGUGGAGAACUCCCAGAUGAAGGUGGACCUGGAUGCCCUCAGGCAGCAGAUAGAAGGCUUCUUGGCUCAGAAGGAGACCCUGGUGGCUGAGUCUCAAAUGUUGCGCCAGGAACUGGAUAAACAGCGGUUGUUGGUGACCUCAAUCAGACAAGAGCUCGAUAAUCUAGUGGCGAAAAGUGACGAAGGCGAGGACCGGACAUUACUUCAAGAAAGGCUAUCGGAGAUGAGCAGCAGGCUUGCAAUGGAGGCUCAAAGGUCCGAAACAUGGGAAAAGAAGUAUGUAGAGCAUGCGCAGAGAAGGAAGGAGCAAGUGGUAGAAGAAAGGAGAGACCAUGGUUAUAAGGAGUGGAAGAGGGUGGACAAGUCAAACAUCUCUACGCCUGGAGGAGACUUCAGAAAAACACAUUACAAGCAUGUCAAGGAGCACGGCAAGCGAUGGACAGAAGACACGCAUCCAGAGUCACAGCAUGAAGAACGGAGGAGCAAAAAGCAUGAUGACAAGCACUGGCAGGACAAGAAGCAUCGGCAUGGGGAGAAGACGGGAGCGGAGAUCCAAGGGGACAAGGAGAACUGGAAGAGCAAGUCCAGAGAACACAGGAGCAAAGAGUCUGCACACCAUCAUCAUGACCACCACGAGAAACAAGCCCGGCAUCAUCAGGGAGAAGCAGAGGCUGGGUUCCAUCCUCGGAAGGGACAGAAGGACUUUACAGACAGUCACAAGAGACGGGAAGACAAAGAACAUCGGCACCAUGACCACAACAAAUUCUGGAAGAAGCUCUCAGACCAUCAGUACCGGGUUCCUGAGGGAUGCUCUGGCCUGGAAGACUGUGCUCGGAAGGAUGGUGUGGACCUGUUCAACAUGGAGCUGAAGCCCGUGCAGAGAAAGCAGUUUGAGGAGGUUCUGCUGAAUUACCUGACCAAGUCCCAGCUGUCAGAUCACCUGCCCGAGCUCACGCCUCUUCUUGAUGGCUUCUUCGAGGGGCCUCUCUUCUCUCACCACAAGAUCCGCUUUAAGGAUUUUGUGGAUGAUGUGGAAGAUUUCCUGGAAGAUCUGGCCAGAAAAGAGAUGGGAAAUGAUGACAUUGUGGACGACUUUGAGAGAUACGUGUAUACCAGCUUCUUUGGAGAAGGCGUCCCCAAGAAAAGAUGUGCAAAGGACGAGCAGCAGAAAACCAGCAAGUGCCACAAGCAAUAUGGACAACUGGAGAAGACGUAUGACCAGAGCAUCAACCAAUCCAAUGACAACAAGCCAUUCACCACUGACCUUCAUGUACACUCCCAUGACUUUAAACCCAUAAAAAAACACAAGGCACAUGAAAAUGAUAAAUUCUGGUCUCCAAACUCUCAGCUUGAAGAAGAAUCUGACCACAAAUAUCACAAUAAAGACCAUCCCAUAACCCAUCAUCAAUCACCUAAACACAACAAACAUGACAAAAAUGAUGGCUCAUUCCAUCGUUAUGGCCACCAUUCUGAGAAGAAGCCAAGAUACCCUCACAUCAAGCCUGGCGGAGAAGCAGGAGGACAGCACCCUGAUGGUCAACACUUUCACAAUAUACAAUAUAAAGAAUAUGGAGCCUGGCAGAUGCAGAACCAUGACAAACAGAAGUACGACCCACAAAACCACAGACAUCAAAACACAAACAAGGAGCAGAAAGUGUCCGAUGAGAGGUUUGGAAAAGGAUCCUUCAAGUUUAAACAUAAGAGCCCUGAAAAACACAAGGAAGACGAAGAUAGUCCUAAGAAACAGGAGAAGGACGCACACAACAACCAUUAUCAGUCAUUUCACACGAGCCAUGAUGACCACUCUACUGAUCACAAAUCAUUGAGAGAUGGUAACCAGCAACAUAGACAGACUGACACCUUCCACAAAAAUGAUCACGGACCCACUCAACGUUACCUAUCAAAGGCUUAUAACCACAAGCAUAAAGAAAACAAAGGCAGACCUGGAGACUACCAUCCCCACCAACAUGAUGUUCAUGACAGGCAUAGGAACUACCACCAAAAGCAUGGCAAGGAGAAACAUGGAAAUUACCAUCAAUUGCAUGAACGAUCCAAAGACAGUGAUGGGGACUACCACAAGUAUGACAAAGACCCCCAUAAACAUGAAGAUGACAGGGACUACCACCACAAGUAUGACAAAGACCACCAUAAACAUGAAGAUGACAGGGACUACCACCACAAGUAUGACAAAGACCACCAUAAACAUGAAGAUGACAGGGACUACCACCACAAGUAUGACAAAGACCACCAUAAACAUGAAGAUGACAGGGACUACCACCACAAGUAUGACAAAGACCACCAUAAACAUGAAGAUGACAGGGACUACCACCACAAGUAUCGCAAAGACCACCAUAAACAUGAAGAUGACAGGGACUACCACCACAAGUAUGACAAAGACCACCAUAAACAUGAAGAUGACAGGGACUACCACCACAAGUAUGACAAAGACCACCAUAAACAUGAAGAUGACAGGGACUACCACCACAAGUAUGACGAAGACCACCAUAAACAUAAAGAUGACAGGGACUACAACCACAAGUAUGACAAAGACCACCAUAAACAUGAAGAUGAUAAGGACUACCAUCACAAGUAUGAUAAAGACCACCACAAACGUAAAGAAGGCAAGGAUAAACAUGGCAACUUCCGCUACAGACCUGAAGAAGAGAGAAGACUGCAGGACUACCAGCAUGAUGACCCCAGGAAAUACUAGAUAUUGCACCAUAGCUGCACGUCACUUCCAUCGACGUGUCGUGCGACAAUUUUAAUGAUCUAUGGUGUCGCACUGCAACAUGCGAAACACCCCGAUGCGUCAGUCGCAUAUGUCGCCGUGUAGCCCUAGCCUAACACUGAUGAUUCCACAGUCAAGAAGAUGUUGUGUUGCUUGUUGCUGUUUCGCUCACACACUCCUAUAGUUUGCUGUUUGUGGUCACUGGACUUUGUUGGUUGCAUCCCUUAUCCUGCUCCCCCUGGAAUCGGCAGUCCGUCCCACGUUACGGUUGUUCCUUCUGGUUUUCCAUCUUCUUAUGACGUUGCUGUGUUUUUAUCCUGUUUUUCCUUCCAUCCUCUUUGUGCUAAGAAAAUGGGAAGUAGUUAUAGGAUAAUGCCACUUCUUACAGUAAUCUAUUGUGAGACCAGCAGAGAGUGGAGAGGGUCAGUAAGCCAUCUCCAGUGAAGAUAAGCCGCCAGUCACAUGAUGGCUGGAAGUUAAAAGCUCAAAUGUGAUUGGUUUCUAUCUUGUUUUUGUGGUCAUGAGUCUGUCGAGGGUUUCACUGCCCAUAGACAAGGCAGGAGUCGGAGUCCUCCGCAGCAACAGUCUUAACAGACCAGCCGCAAAUUACAAGGCUAAAGAAAAUGGCCACCUGUAGUGUUGGGCCAGCUGAUAAGACACAGACCUGAGGUAACCCCAAUAUCUUAAGCCUAUGUAGAUGCAGUGGAAGCAAAACAGAACCCCUGUGAGGUGGAUGAUAAGGGGUUAUUGAUGGACAUAGCUGUACUGAAACACUGGCGAUAGGAACGGAGCCACACAGGACCUGGGGCAUAUAUGUUCUUAGCCAAAGUCAGAAGUAAAUCUAAAACUCAGAAAAUGUCAUACUUCCCCUUCCUUCCUCCAUGCAUUUCCUCCAUACUUUUAUUUUCUUCUCCUUUGUUCUUGUGAGUCCCUUUCCUUCCUGCUGUCCCAUCCUUUGUGCUUCCCCUUCUUCAGGCUUCUCUGUCUUUCAUGUUUACCCUUUAAGCUUUCCUCUCUCCCCUUCAUGCUUCUCUCAUCCUACUUCUUCCUCCAUCCAUCAUCAUGAUUCUCCACCCUUUCUGCUUCUCCAACCUUCAUUCAUAAUGCUUCUUCCAUUCUUUUUCUCCUUUCCUUCCUACUUCUCCUUUUUUCUUCCCUCAUUUUUGUCCUUCCUUCGUAAUUCUCAAUCCUUCAUGCAUCCUCUUCUUUCCUUCAUUAUUUUCCAUCUGGCCUCUUUGGCCUUCAUGCAGCUCCAUCCUUCCUUUUCCAUCUUUGUCCUUCCUGCUUCUUCAUACUUCUGCCAUCAUGAUUCCCCUUCAUAUGAUUCUCCAUCCUUAAAGGGGUUGUCCGCUUUUUACUAUUGAUGACCAAUCCUCAGGAUAGGACAAUAACAGAUUGGUGGGACUCUGGCACCCCCGCCAUUCACUUCCAUGGACCGGCUCUGUAGUAUUACACCGAUCACCACCGCAAUAGCUGCAGUGAGCAGGUAAACUGAGCAGAGAAGGCAGCACUCGUAUGAGCACUGCGGUCUCUUCAAACAGCUGAUUAGCGAGGGUGCCAGGAGUCAGAUCUGAGAUCGAUUACCUAUCCUGAGGAUAGGUCAUAAAUAGAAGUAGACAACUGCUUUAAUGCUUCCCCUUCAUGUGUGGCUCUCCUGCCUUUAUACUUGUUUUCUCCACGUUUCAUGCUUCCUCUUCCUUCAUACUUUUCCUUCCUUUUUGCUUGUUCUUUCCGUCUUUUCCACCCUUCUUCUUCAUGCUUCCUCUUCCUUUCUUUGUGCUUGUUCCUUUAGGGUUCAUUCACACGUCCGUAGUAUAUUGUGGAUCCGCAAUACACCCGGCCGGCACCCCCCAUAGCACUGCCUAUUGUCCGGAAGGACCACGGAACGGAAAUGCGGAUGCGGACAGCACACUGUGUGCGGAACGGAUAGGAACCCAUUUGCGGACGUCUGAAUGAAUCCUUAGUCUUUUCUGCCUUUCUUCUUGCUUCCUCUUCCUUCAUAUUUUUGCUUCCUUUGUGCUUGUUCCUUCAGUCUUCUCCGCCCUUCUUCAUGUUUCCUCUUCCUUCCUUUGUGCUUGUUCCUUCAGUCUUCUCCGCCCUUCUUCGUGCUUCCUCUUCCUUUAUACUUUUCCUUUUGUGCUUGUUCCUUCAGUCUUCUCCUCCCUCCCUUCAUGCUUCCUCUUCCUUCAUACUUUUCCUUCCUUUGUGCUUGUUCCUUCAGUCUUCUCCUCCCUUCUUCAUGCUUCCUCUUCCUUCAUACUUUUCCUUCCUUUGUACUUGUUCCUUCAGUCUUCUCUGCCCUUCUUCAUGUUUCCUCUUCCUUCAUACUUGCUUCCUUCCUUCAUGAAUCAUUUCUGCCUUUCGCUAUAAAACCCUGUCCCAGACCGUGCCUGUGUGAGUGUGUCCUUCCUGCAGGCAUUGAAGGCAUUGUUUGGUGGACGGCCCUGUUUCACCACUUCUCUUCUCGUCCACACUGGGUUGCGCUUUGUUUGUUUUUUGUGUUUUAUGCUGUUUGCGGUUUUAAUUUAACUCACUGAACUAAUGCACUUUGAAAAUAAAACUUCAAAACAUU